AUGGAGCGAUCUUAUCGAAAUGCUGUUACACUACUUGAAAGUAGAAAAUAUCGCGUCAAGAUUAGCAGACGUAGUAGAGCUUCUCAGUUGCUGAAGAAAACGACAUGUGGUAGUAGUGGUGGAGAGGAUUCUUCCAGUGAGAGAACAAAAAACAGGCUGAGCACAUCAGGAGGUAUCCCAAAAAAACCUGAAAAUGAAAGUAUGAAUGAGUGGCUUGAUGCUCUUGGGUACACACACAAAGAGUUCCACGUCAUCCAUGUUACGGGAACAAAAGGCAAAGAAUCCACAUGUAUGUUCGUAAAAUCCUUUCUCUCGUCCUAUGCUUCCCGAACAGGUGUAUUGAGGAAAAUUGGGUUAUACACCAACCCCUACUCCCCAAACAUCCGAGAACCAAUCAAGAUCAAUUCCAAACCAAUAUCAGAGGAUAAAUUUGCUAGAUAUUUCUUCGAGGUGUGGGAAAUUCUUUCUAGCAAGUUCUCCGAGACAAUGAUGCCGGAUUAUAUGCAAUUGAGACUACUGGUUGCUGUUUAUGCAUUUAUUUGCGAAGAUGUUGAUGUGGCUAUCAUGGAAACUCAUAGCGGAGGAGACAAUGAUGCCACGAAUUUUGUCAAACCUACAGCCGUGGGAAUCGCUCAGAUUCACGUAGAUUACAUCGAUGCAGGUGAUCCUUCUUCAACAGAUCUCGCUUGGCAUGCAGGAGGUAUCAUGAAAACCAACGCUCCUGCGUUUUCUAUCCCCCAAAACCCUGACGUAAGAAAAGUUCUCGAAGAACGUGCGAACGAGAAAGCAGUCUCUUUGAACUUUGUGACCGAAGACCAUCGUCUUCCAAUCACUGCACAUGCGCUCAAAACAGACAUCAAGAGAUACGGAUGCUCAUUGGCACUUGCACUCACAGAUGCAUAUCUCAUCUCCACAUGCGAUGAAAAAUACCCAACUCUUUCCUCUGAAGACAUUUCCAUUGGUCUAGAUAGAUUUUUCUGGCCAGGCCGUUUCCACAAACUGGAACUAGGACAGAACUCCUGGUUUCUAGAUGGUGCGCAUCAUCCUCAAACUGUUCCUAAAGCGGCCGAAUGGUUUGCGCUGAGUGUCGUCGAGAGUUUGGUAAAAGCGUUGGAGAGACAUAGAUGUAAAAUUAAACAUGUAAUCUUUACGACCGAUUGGGAUGAUUCCUCAAAAAUAACAGACUCCGAUACCUCAGCCAUGCGUUCCUACGCCCAAACAUGGCAAAAUCUCUCACCUAACUCUAGUAUCCUCCUAGAACCUAAUAAUACAGCUGCAAUUGAUCUAGCUACAAGAAUUGGAUACCAAAAUCAUGCUAUGGAGUGUUUGGUAACAGGUAGUCUGUAUUUGACGGGCAGUGCAUUGAGAUAUUUGGAUCCGGCGGCGGAAAAGAUGUAA